AUGGAAGACAAGUGUCCUUUUUGCGGCAGCCGAGAAGGUGCGCGGAACCUUCCCGCUCCGCACGGUCCGGCGCAGAGUCUGUCGCACCAGCUGUCGCAGAAUCCGUCGCACGGCCAAGCUAACCAUAAUACUCCCCAUCACCCGCAUCAUGCGGCGCAUCACGCGGCGCAGCAGCCGCCGGCACAGGCGCCGUAUGAGACGGUCCUAGUGGCGUGCGCUAGCUGCGCUCGAAUCGUCGCGGAGCGGCGGAUUAUUCCUCUGCUGUUCGUUCCGCGCACAGUCGAGGAAUCUUCCUUCUGCCUACCCGCAAGGGACGUGCUGUUGCACGCGAAGCUUCGUCCGGACGAGGUGAGAGCAGCAGCGGAUAAAAUAGAGGAGAUACAAGCUGCAAAGGAAGCAGAAAUUAAAGCCGAAGACAAUGAGGAGGUCAAGGCAGAGGGUCUAGUCUCGAAAGCGCAAGAGGGGAAAGAGGAAGACGAGGAGGAGGAAGAAGAAGAGGAAGAGGAGGAGGAUGAAGAGGAGGAAGAGGAGGAGGACGAGGAGGAGGAGGAAGACGAAGAAGAAGAAGAGGAGGACACGGAGGAAGGAGAAGCGGCACCGGAAGACCAAACGAGCCCCAACUCCCUCCAUUCCCUCACGGACGAAGAUCCACCUCACCGCUUCCUGGACCCCUCAGACCAGUUCCUGGACGUCUUCUCGUCGCUCUCCCUCGAGUCCGCCCCGCCGCUCUUCUGCGCCGCCUCGCUGCCCUUCUCGGGGCAGCUGGCGGAGAUGGAGCGGCUGAUUGGCCCGGUGCUGUACACGGGGUGCUCGGGGGGAGCGGGGGGGAGUGCUGUGGGGACAACGGAUUUUCUACGCGCCUAUUUUCAGAUCCUAGAGGUGAGCGGGCUGCUGGACAUAGAUCAGAGCAUCACAGACCACGCGGUUACCCUAUUCCGCGACUACGUGGUGUCAGCAGGCGGGGCGCGGAACCGCAACAUCGAGGCGCUGGCCACCCCAGCCGUGGUGCAGGCCAUGCGCGAGGCGCAGGAGAUUCUGGAAGUGAGCGGGCUGCUGGAGAUAGAUCAAAGCAUAACGGACCACGCGGUUACCCUAUUCCGCGACUACGUGGUGUCGGCAGGCGGGGCGCGGAACCGCAACAUCGAGGCGCUAGCCACCGCAGCCGUGGUGCAGGCCAUGCGCGAGGCGCAGGAGGCCCGCACCCUCCAGGAAGUUUCCCUGGUGGCGGGGAUUGCGGUGAAGGAGUUGGGGAGGAGUUUGAAGGGGUUGAUGGAGGUGCUGCGGCUGCAGCAGCCUGUGAACUCCAACUCUGUCUCCUUCCACAUGCCCCGCUUUGGAUCCAUCCUGCAGCUCCGCAAGUCCACCCAGGACCUAGCAACGCACGUGGGAGAGGUGGUGAUAUCCAAGUCCUUCUGCACGCGCCGCAACCCCAUCAGCAUCAGCGCUGCCGCCAUCUACCUCGCGUGCCAGCUGGAAGACAAGAGGCGCACUCAGACUGAGAUCUGCAAGGCCACCGGCCUCACAGAGGUGGGUGCAGUGUGGUGGAAAUGGGGUGCAGUGCGGUUGAAAGAAGUUUUUUAUGGGUCUGGCAUCAGCGCUGCAGCCAUUUACCUCGCCUGCCAGCUGGAGGACAAGAGGCGCACUCAGACCGAGAUCUGCAAGGCCACCGGCCUCACCGAGGUGACGCUAAGGAAGGUGUACAAGGAGCUGCUGGAGAACAUAGACGACCUGCUGCCUCUGGGUUACGAGCCCACCAUUCCUGCUUGCAGGGUCGCCAGCAGUCAGUGGGUGUGUUUUCCGUCUGUGCCCAUGUGUGCUUAUACCUGUGACGCAAGGAAGGUGUACAAGGAGCUGCUGAGAACAUAG